UUGAAAUGCCUGAGCCCACUGCGGCGAAGCCCAACGAAUCAGGAACUUCAAGAAAUGCCAGGAAGAAGAGGAGAAAGUCAGUAGAGCAGUCUGAUGAAAGUUGUGAAACUGGUGGUGGAAUCAAAGUUGAAAAUGUGGUUAGUAAGGAAGAUUGCAAUAAUAGUACUGGGGCAAACUCAGAAGUGAGUGGAGGCAAUCCUCCUAGGAGAUCUUCACGGCAAAAACAACCUGUUUCUUAUGAGGAAAAGUUGGCGGAUGAUGAUGAUUUUGAAAGCCCUUAUAAAAAAUCUAAGGUAAUGCCACCACCCAAAGCUAAUGAGGAAAAGUUGGAUGAUGAGGUAAUGAAAAAGGAUAACUCUGGUGGUUACACUGCUGCAGAUGUAUGUAAGAAAGAAGGCGAACAGAAAGCAAAUGCCCCUCCUGAAGAUGAUGUCCUGAUCAAGAAAAGGAAAAUUGGAGAUUCUAAAGGAAGGGAGGAAACUGUUAUACUUGAUAACAAUAAGGUGCACCAGUUUGAUAGCAGUUUUGAGUCAAGUAGAGAUGUGAAUUCAUCUCGGGAACUUGAAUAUCCUGAUCCGGAGUUCACUGAUUUUGAAAAGUACAGGGCGGAGGACUGUUUUGCUGUUAAUCAAGUCUGGGCUAUAUAUGACACAUUGGAUGGCAUGCCAAGAUUUUAUGCACGGGUGAAGAAGGUGUAUGUUCCUGGCUUCAAGCUACAAAUUACUUGGCUAGAGUCUGACCCGGACGAGGAAAAUCAGCAGAACUGGGUCGAUCUGGAUCUGCCUGUUUCUUGUGGCAAGUACUGCAAUGGGUCAUCAGAGACAUGUGUAGAUCGUCUAAUGUUCUCCCAUCAGAUAGACCCCAUAAAAUGUUCCAGAAAAUGCUUUUUUGUUUAUCCUCAAAAAGGGGAAACUUGGGCUCUCUUCAAAGAUUGGAAUGUUAAAUGGGUUUCAGAGCCAGAAAAGCAUAAACCACCAUAUGACUAUGAUUUUGUUGAGGUUCUUGCUGAUUUUGAUGAGGAAGUUGGCAUUGAGGUUGCCCAUCUGUGUAAAGUGAAAGGGUUUGUCAGUAUUUUCCAACAAGCUGAACAUGAUGGGGUUGUCUCAUUUCAUAUAUCAUCAUGUGAGCUUUAUAGAUUUUCACAUCGAGUUCCCUCACUCAGAAUGACUGGCAACGAAAGUGCAGGUAUUCCCAUGGGAUCUUUUGAGUUAGAUCCCGCUGCUCUUCCUACUUACCUUUUUGAGCUGGUUGAUUCUAAUGAUAUGAAGCUGGGUAAUCACAAUGCCGAAAAUUGUUCCGGUCCUAAUCAUCCUCGCAAUCAAGCAAAAGCUACAAUAGAUUCAGAGAGUAAUCUAACUUUUGUAAAUAAUCAGAAGGGUAACAAUAAAAAAGAAGCCUCUGCAUCCAGAAUAUCUACAAGGGGAUCACGUUGUAUGCUUGAAGAUCAUGGUCAAGUUGAUGCAGUUCAUUAUAAGAAUGAGGAUGAUAGUAUUGAAGCUAUACGUGAUUGCAACUUGACUCAGCCCAAAGGAAGUUUUAUUUCAGAUGAUGCUAUUGAGAAGACGAGCACCCUAAAAAGAUCACCGAGAGACUUGAGCAGAAGCAGUCAAGUAAAUGCAAUUCAACAUGACACUGGGGAAGAUGACAAGAAACAUUCAGUUUCCAACAAAAAUGAAAAGCCUGGCAGUUUUGGUAAUACAGAAGGAAUAAUUUCCUUGAAUCCGCCUGUUGGAAAGAUGCGUCUACACGAGAGGGAUGAUAGUACAGUUGAUUUUACUAAAAGCUCUAGUGUGUCUACACUGACAUCUCCAGCACGGAAAACUUCAAAUUUAGAGUGCUACGAUUUUAAGGGGGAGAAAUCCGUGGACAAGUUUGCAGUUGAUCAGAUAUGGGCAUUGUAUUGUGGGGAUGGAAUGCCAAAGGACUACGUGCAAGUUAAAAAGAUCAAAGCUACUCCUGAUUGCAAAUUGCAUGUAGCACUGCUGGAGGUGUGCUCAAGACCCAAAGACUUGAAACUGCCCAUUUGUUGCGGGAUAUUCAAAGUUAAAAAUGGUCAAACUAAAUUGUCUCCUGUAAUGAUGUCUCACAUCAAGUAA